AUGUGCGGCCCUCGCGAUCCUACCAAGAUCACCGGCCUCCCAUUAAGCAAAGACGACGUGGUCCUCAAGGCUAGGCAGAUCUGCCAGACUGAUAUGCCGAUGGAUUGGGAGUGGGGCUUCCUUCCCCUCAGCUCCACCAAUCCUCCCACUCCUGAAGCAAAAGAGCGCUUCCCUCGCAUUGCCUCGGAGGAACGAGGCCCUUGCCGGAAGCGGGAUCUGGACGAGGUCGAUCCAGAUCCAUACGUGCAUUGGACCGAGCUCAAGAUGGGCGGCACCCACGCUUCGCGCCCCGAUGCUCCCUCAGCCAGCGCCAACCCACAAGUUGUGGAGCACGCUGCUCCGCUACAAGCUGAGGUAGGCCGGGAGUUCCUGGAGAAACUCACCUCCGGGGGCAAGAAGAACAAGGCUCCGGCGCCCGAAGCCGUCCCAAGCGAUGCUCCUCCCGCCAAGCGCUCCCGGCAGGAAGUUGUUGGCGGGAAGAAGGUUUCCAAGAAGCACUACCAGAAGCAGGAGAUGCCGGUUGCUUCCGGUCCUGCGCUCAAGAUUUCCAAGAGCGCCACUGACAUGAGUGCGGGGCGCGCGGCCCCUGAACCUUCAGAACCCCGCGCGGAGGAGGAAACUAUCUCCCCUCCAGAAGAUCAAGAUACCAGCGCCAGCAACACCGGCGCCAACACUGAAGAUGCUGGGAGGGCGGAACCUCAGGUUCCUCUCGUCCCGAAGAAGAAGAAGAAGGACACUACCUCCUCCCCCUCCAAGACCAUGCCGGAGCCUUCCGCUCCGGCAACCUCUACUCCGGCAAAGGAUGCAUCAGAAGCUCCUGCGCCUCCCAAGACCGCGCCAGCGCCUCCACCGGCUGCCUCUACCGGCGAGCCAGCCGCCGCCAAGCCAACGCCGCCGCCAAGCCAAGAACCCGCAGCGGCCAAGCCUAUGGCUCCGGAGGGCAUCAAGCUCUCCAAACAAGAAGCUGCCGCAGCCAGCUCCUUCUCCUCCGACCCGCAGUCCCUUACACUGCACGCCGGUCGCGCCGCUAUCGUGGCCGGAGAAACAGCUUCAGCUCAGCUGGGCCGAAUCUUCUUGAUUACGCUGGGGAGCCGACCUGGGCAUCUGCUUGAUUACGCUGAGAAGUGGAAUCAAGCGGAUUUGUCCCCGGCGACGCGCGGCCUGGGGAAGGACAAGCUGCCGGCGAUCGAUCCUGCCGGCGCCCGGAGCACCGGACAACACUUCAGCCGGCUGCGGCGCGCGGUCAAGGAGUUUGACAACGCGUGGCACGACGCUACCAACAAUGUUGUUGUAAGUUGCACAAAACUUCAAACUGUUCCGGAAGCCUCCAUCGAAGCCCUCAAAGCUCUGCUCGCCACUCUUCAAGCUGAAAAGGAGCAGCUUGCCGCGGAACACCACAAGGUUAGGAGCCUUGUAGGUGAGCUGAAGGAGGAGCUGGUGCAGGCUGAGCUCCGGCAUGACCGGGAGCGGAAGGAGGCCAAAGCCGCAGCCGAGGCUAAGCUAGAUGAAACUCUGAAGGAGUGCGCUGAUUCCACCGCGGUGCUGCGGGCUGAGCUGGAGGAGGAGAGCGGGGCGCGGAAAGCGGCCCAAGACCGGAUCGCCCUCCUAGAGGCGGAGCAAAAGGAGUACGACCGGUUGGUCGUGUAG